AUGGCGGACAAGCCUGCAGGUAGCUCUGUGACCUUCAAUGUUAGGGCAGAGACCAGCUUCGGUGACAGACUCUUGCUCGUUGGCAGCGACGACGCUCUGGGACGGUGGAAUCUGGAUGAGUCCGUGGAGCUCACGACGACCGAGAAGGACUACCCUCUAUGGAUGUCGAAGUCGAUCGAGGUUCUGGAGCCGACGGAAUACAAGUAUGUGCGCAUGCGAGGAGAUGGUGAAGCGGUUUGGGAGUUUGAUGGUGGGAAUCGAUGCAUUUCUCCUGCGGACUUGAGCACAGCCUCUGUCGUUGUAGACGACGGCUUCUUUGGUGAGUUGAUUGGAGAGCACUUUUCCUAG